CGCGCACGUAGCUGCGUCGACCAGAAUCGAGACCAACGCCAUUUUGUCGUGCAAGGAAAGAUUUGUUCAAAACUUUCAUCAUGAGUGGAUGUCGCGUGUUCAUCGGCCGGCUGAGCCCCCAUGCCCGUGAAAGAGACGUGGAGAAAUUCUUCAAAGGCUAUGGCCGCAUCCGGGAGAUUAACCUGAAGAACGGUUUUGGCUUUGUGGAGUUCGAUGACUACAGAGAUGCAGAUGAUGCAGUUUAUGAGCUAAAUGGAAAGGAACUAUGCAGUGAGAGGGUGACCAUCGAGCAUGCCCGCUCUCGCCGUGGAAGAGGUGGUGGCCCAGGAAUGGGGGGAGGACGCUUCUCUCCACGUUUUGGUGGAUAUCGUCAGUCUCGCAGUGGGGGUUCCAGGUAUGGCCCACCAGUGCGCACGGAGCACAGAAUCAUUGUGGAGAAUCUGUCUUCGCGUAUCAGUUGGCAGGAUCUUAAAGACUUGAUGAGGAAAGUAGGAGAAGUGACCUUUGUGGAUGCACACAGGACCAAAAAGAACGAGGGGGUGGUUGAGUUUGCUUCUCACAGUGACAUGAAGAAUGCCAUUGAAAAGCUGGACGGGACUGAUCUUAACGGACGCAAACUUAAGCUUUAUGAGGAUCGCAAGAGGAACAGCCGUAGCAGGAGCCGUUCCCGAAGCAGGAGCAGCUCACGUUCCCGUUCGCCCAGUCGGAGUCGCAGUCCCGAGCGUGGAAGCAAACGCUCACGCAGCCGCUCUCCCAGUCGCACUCCAGAGAAGAAGUCCAACAAUCGCUCACCCUCCCGUUCUCCCUCUCCCGCUCCAAGGAAUCAGAGCAGGAGCAGAAGCCGGAGCAGGAGCAGGUCCCGGUCUGCCUCUGCAGAGAGUCAGCACUAAAUUGUUUUGUCUGUGUGUGUGAAACUGGAUGAGGUCCCUGUCACCCGCCCUACUUUUUGUGGCAUAUGUGGAAUUGUGCUACUUUAGUGUAAAUUACUGGCUGUGUGUUAGCUGAAUGAAUGUGUAUGAUAUUUUUUGUUUGUUUCUUAAUGCUGAAAAGCAAUGUGGGUUUAGGUAAUGGAGUGGGAUAAGAUUAAAGACAAUUUUCAGUCUUGUUUAAUUUUAAUUUUUUUGAUAAUCCUGGAGGACUUCUGUAAAGAACUGUAUUUUGAUUUUUUUUUUUCAGCUUGCAUGCUUAAUUUGAGUCUUUAUGGUUGUUGAGCAGAAGGUUACAACAUGUAUAUACACUCUGGAAUAAAGUAUAUUGUUAUUUGGAAAA